UCUCCGGAAUUCUUAGGCUUGACGUCGCCAUGAUACACGCAGAAUAGUGUUCACGAAUACCGUGUGAUGCCUGGUGCAUGACGCCCCCCCCCUGCUAACUACGACCUUUGAUGCACGACCUUCAAUCAUAGUCUAGGGAAAGGCCUGACAUACAUGUACAACCAAUGUCAUGGAUAAUACGCGUCUGUGGGUCAUCCAUGCGUGCGCACAGCCAGCAUUCCAGCCAGCAGAUUACGUUAGACCAGUGGCAUUUUCGAGUGGCAGGCACUGAAAACUACACCUUCCACGCACAGCGUAACGAUGAGCUCAAGAGCAAAGACGUACGGGAUCAAGAAGGUGGCUCAGCAGCCUAACAAUGAGAGGCCGAACAGUGUGGCGAGCAGUAGCAACGGCCACGGUAACGGGUCAAAUGAGGUGGAUUCGGUGGUCUCUCCUGCUUCAUCCAAAGACAAUUAUUCACCGAUUCUCUCAGAGGAGCAGAAACAUGAAUUUGGAGGUUGCAUCUUCCCCUUUGAUGCCAUCGCACUGGAAGGAGGAGGGAACAAAGGCUUGUCAGCAACAGGCGCGAUUCGGGUUCUUGAAGAGCUGGGUUACUGGGAGAACAUCAAACGAUUCGCCGGGGCCAGUGCCGGUUCCAUGGUUGCUGCAUUAGUGGCUGUUGGAUGCAACUCGCAUGAAAUCGAAACCUUCUUACGCGGGGAUAUUCAGAAAGUCUUUCUUGACGCCGCAUUUGGUAAACUCAGCCUUCUCCCCAACAUGUUGCGGAAGUUCGGCUGGCACCCGGGCAACAGGAUCUACGAGUGGUUCGGCGAUAUAGUCCAGAAGAAGAUGGGUAACCGCGACCUGACAUUCGAAGAUCUAUACCAGCAAACAGGAAGGGAACUGUGUAUCACUGUGACCAACAUGAACAUUAUGGACUGCACGUACUGCCAUGUUAAGACAACCCCCGAUAUGCCUAUCAGACAAGCUGUCAGGAUGUCCGGCUGCAUUCCAGGUGUGUUUUGUCCUGUGAAAGUUCGGAAAGGGAAGACCAACGACUACUUUGUGGAUGGGGGACUGCUCUGCAAUUAUCCAAUACACUGCUAUGACGGUUGGUUUCUGUCCAUGGAAAAAGGGGAUUCCUUUCUUCGCCGGUUUAAAUCCAUUGAGGAGCUGCCAAAAUUGUGGGAGCCAAAGGAGCGUUUUGGUGAAAGGAACGACAAAACAUUCGGGAUUCUACUGUAUGCUGGGAAUGAGAGAGAGGUAAUGAAGCAGGAGCUGAUGGAUCGCUUCGACAAGUUCAUCAAGCCGUCGGAAAAGCAAGAAUAUCCGCCCACAAAACUCGCCAAGAAGCGGGCAGAACUUAUGAAGGAGCAAGUCAUCAAAGCUAAGGAGCACAGGUUGCUCGUGACGGCGUUUUUUAAUCUAAUGAAUGUACUCGAAGAGAACGACAUUGACCAAAGCGGGACCAUCAAUGAGCAAGAAUUCGAGAAAGCCAUGAACCAGACAAGCUCAGACUUCACGGAAGAAGACAAGAAACGGUUAUUUGGAGAUGACUUCAGGGACACCAAGGCGUUGUUCAAACGGAUGGACAUCCACGCAGAUGGCGAGAUAACCUUCCGGGAACUGGUGUCGUUUGCCGAGAAGCAAGGCUUAGAGAUCAUGGAGAAUUUCCGAGGCUACAAACGACAAGAGAUCACCGACCUGCAGAGCUACUUUGGGGCCAUCAUGGAGUGCCUGCUGCUGAACAUGAAGAGAAUCUUCGUGCAGAGCUCUGACGUGAGCCGUACAAUUGGCAUUGACACUGGCUACCUCGAUACGCUGGACUUCAACAUGCAGAAAAAAGACCAAGAUUACUUGGUGCAGCAAGGGAAACUCGGCUGCAUGGCUUUCCUUCGCGAGCUCAUUUCAACGGGAAAGAUGACCCACAAGACAUGAACUUGCAGGGUGGCAGAUCGUGGCGGUCGGCAACCUGUCGUCGCAAUCUAGAUUAGGCGAUACUCCAUCGCACGGGUUGCGGGAUUAUACGACUGUUUAGGGCGGAGGCCCGGGUUCGUCAAAGCCUGAAAUUUACUUUUGCGGGCGAGACCCAUGAGGCUUCCCUGUUUACGUCAACGCAAAACAAACUAUAUUUUUGGAAGUUUUUAAUUGCCCAAAUGCGUUUCGAUCAGUACUGUCAAAAUUUGUAAUUCUAUUUGUCUUUGGCACUAUUGGUAGUACUAUGGAAAUAAUUGAAUCGCAUUGGAUGAAAUUAUGAACUACUGCUUGAAAUACAUGUAACCUUUUAUGGAACUAUUGCAUUUUUUGGGGGGGGGGAUUCAAACUAGGAUAUUACGCUGCUGUUUUUUACCGUCUUGUGGGAUGUAGUCUUGGUCACUCGCCAUUCACGUGGUUGUUGGUUCUUGACUUCUAAAGGGAAUUAUGUAGUGUUACCACUUUUUAAAAUGCGAGGGUUAAUUAACUUUGGCAGUUGGUGAGUAUUUAUUGUGAAUCGUUUACUGUGGUCAUACGUUCCAGUUCUUUGAAACAUUUAAUGCUAAUAAUUUCAAAUGAACAUUUCCCCUUUUCCUAUAGGACCAUUUUUGUUCGUUGAUAUUGUAACAUCUGGGGUCUCGGUGACUCGCCAAUCACGCAGUUGUCGACUCCUGACCUUUUUAUUGCUUGUGGGGGUUCAUUUCUUACUUCUUGGAGGUUUUAAUGUGGUAAUCUGAAGUAUCCUUUGUAAGCGCCUCGAUCUGCCCUGCCCUCAGAGCCAUUGGGAUUAAGCUGAAUCUUGUUAAGGUUAUACUUUGGAGUAAUGAGCUGUUGUUUCGUGGGUUUUUGUUUUCACGAUGGACACUAAUUGAUAAACACGAGUUUGGUUGGCGAGUUUUGAAAAGUUACUGUUGAGCUGACGUCGCAGGAGGCAAUAUUAGGGUUAAGUUAAUCUUGUUACGCCGUUUCUCGAAGCUUUUAAAGGAAAUACAAUUUUUUUUUACUAAAAGCCUUGAAAUUGCAUUUUGGGGUUUCAAUAAACUUCAUUUUAAAUUUUUUUUU